AUGCAAGGGACAUCUCAGCACAAGGCUGUUGGCGCUCCCGACACUGUUCAGGCUGAGUUGAAGAUCCCUCUCCUUUGCCGGGUGCCAAGAAAGAUGAACAGACCGGGCAAUAGAAAAAUAGUCAAAGAAGGAUCCAGUGAUUUGAAAUUCCAGAACUUCGCUCUGCCGAAAAAUAGGUCAUGGCCCAGAAACAACAGUGCCACAGGACAGUACCAGACUAUUAAUGAGCCUCUUCUUGAUGGUGAAAGGAAUUCCAUAGCAGUCCUGGAUGGAGCAAAAGGCCACACCGAUGAUGACUAUGAAGACCCUGAGCUUCGCAUGAUCGAAGACUGGCAAUCAGUGAAAAUCUUACCAGCCAGGCCUAUUAAGGAAUCCGAAUAUGCAGAUACACGCUAUUUCAAGGGUAUGAUGGACACACCCCUGUCCUUAGAUUCCAAGCCCUCUCUCCCCACAGACAGGCAAACCUGGAUGAAGCUGGAAGAAGUGCAAAAGCCCAUUUCCAAGGAUAUCAGAAACCAACAUGUUAAAGGAGACAAACCCACAAAGGGAAAGAAGACUCCUUUACCACCUCCUCGGCCGCCCGUCAAGCUUCCGAAGAAGUACCAGCCCCUCCCCCCGGAGCCACCGAGCAGCAGGCCACCUUUCCCCCAGAGGCACACCUUCCACGAAGCCCAGAGAGGGGCCAGACAGAUAAGCUUAAAGAACUUAAGUGAGGUCCUUGGAACAGAGAAAGUUCCUUAUCACCAGAUGAAGCCUGAAGCACCUCAUCUGCCACAAAACCAAAGUCCUCAAGAGAUUCCUUUUGCAGUUACCAGCUCUUCAUUCACGACACGCAACCCGACUGUGCAAAACCGAGAUCAUAAAGAAAGCAUGCCAUCCUAUGCUCCUCAGAGAUGUCAGUCUCCAGCAAGCUCUGGCCCUCAGGAAAAUCCACUACUUCAUAAAAUCAUGAGCAGGAGGAAACCUUUCCCCACAAGGUCUGAUGGCAAGGAUGUCCAGCACAACAAAUGGUACAUUGGAGAAUACAGUCGCCAGGCAGUGGAAGAGGCGUUAAUGAAGGAGAACAAGGAUGGCACCUUCUUGGUCCGAGAUUGCUCUGCAAAAUCCAGGGCGGAGCCGUACGUGCUGGCGGUGUUUUAUGGGAACAAAGUCUAUAAUGUGAAAAUCCGCUUCCUGGAGAGGAAUCAGCAGUUUGCCCUGGGGACAGGACUCAGAGGAGAUGAGAAGUUUGACUCGGUGGAAGCCAUCAUUGAACACUACAAGUAUUUUCCUAUUAUACUCAUUGACGGGAAAGAUAAAACUGGGACCCACAGGGAGCAGUGUUACCUGACUCAGGCCCUCCCUGUCAACAGACACUUCUCACCUAGGUAG